UGGCGGCAUCCUUCUUGACAUCACUUCGGAUGACUUUAAAAGGUGUCCCCAGUCGGUGGCUCCUCACACAGAGCUGCCAGAGCCCGGCGUCGAGUGGGUGUUUGCGGCUGCAGGCUGCUCGGUGUCGGACGUUUCAGGUCUCCCCCGCUGCCUCCAUGUGCAGCUCCAGGACGGAGACACAGAGGAGCACACACACCGGAGACAAGAAAGCCAAGGUGGAGGAAGAGGAGGAGGAGGACGAUGGUCCGGAGUACAUACCCAGGAGAAAGGCGAAGAAUCCCAUGAUGAAGAUCGGCUAUGCCUGGAUGAUAGGCCUCCCCACAGGUAUAAUCGGCUUCCUCCUAGCCAAAAGGGAAGUGGACAAGAACCGACUGAAGCAGCUGAAGGUCCGACAGAGGAUGCGAAGGUCAAACGAUGGUAUCUACGAAGGCGGCCGCUCCCACCAUCAAGCAACAGAUGUUAAACUAGACCAGUGAUGCACAUGUGCGGCAGCUACCGUCUGAUUUUUGGCCACAUCCUGAAUGUCACUGCUGAGACAGAGACUCCUGCACUAAAGACUGAUUAUAGGCGAAGUGUCAAGUUUAUGAGCUGGUGUUAAGAACAUGGAGAACUGGGUAACUCUUUUUUCUUUAAACUGACGCAAGGAAUCUGGGAGGAAAUGUGAGGCUUUGUUCAUGAAAUCUGUUAUUUGCAGAUUUUGACUAAUUUUCUUGCUAAUGAUGAGAGAAUGAUGUGUAUAUGAUAUAUAUAUUACCCAUGAUGCCUGUAAAUAUGA